CUCCCCCGGAAGCACAUCUAUUCACGUGUAGCAUUUUUCAACCUUGAAUAACAACAUAGUAGAGUUGCUAGCAUUUUAUCUGUCUGAUUAUAUUGCUGCAAUGAUGUCAGUAACAAAAAUGGUCUACCCUCUCUACCAGUUGGGAAACCCCCAGCUGAGGAUCUUCAGACCCAACUGGUUUCUGACUCUGGUGAGGCCGGGGAAGGAGCAACCUCCUGACACUGUCCAGUUUCGUAUCCCGAUGGACAUGACCAAGUACGACGUGAAGAACUACUUGGAGAAGAUCUAUAACGUCCCCGUUGGAGUAAUUCGCACCAGGAUACAAUUUGGGUCCAACAAGAAGAGGAAUCACCUCAACCAGAAGGUCAAGAAGCCAGAUUAUAAAGUGGCCUACGUUCAGCUGGCACAAAGCCAGACAUUCACCUUCCCCGACAUCUUCCCAGAAAAGGACCGGACGCCGAAGGAGGGCUCCAUGGAAGAAAUGCAGGAGAAGUUCAUGGAGGACGAGAAGCAGAGACAGAAACCCGACCCCAGGAGAGGAGGGGUCACCGAGUGGUUUGGACUCUGAACCGGGGGGCCCUUGGAGCAACAUGUAUUGAUUUGAAAUGCAACCUCUGUGAUGUCACUUUUAUUUCACUGCUGAAACACGAGCGUGUAGCGAAAAAGAGCAAGUGUGUGUGUGUGUGUGCGCGUGUGCGUGUGUGUGUGGGAUAUGGCAGACAUGUGUUCAGUGUGUUUUUGAGGCUGGAGUCCAAGAACCAAAAGACAAGAGGAAUUGGAGGAGGAGAGCAGCAAGGCUUCGUCUUUAAUGAAACAACCCCACCACACACAUUGUCCAUCACCUCAGACAACCUCUUCUUCUUUCUCGUCCUGAUGUUCUUUCCAUACACAUGCCGCAUUUGUUUCUUUUCGUUUUUUGUUUUGUGAAAGUAUCCUUCUCGUAUGUCAUCCCUGUUGUCUCUCUUGUCUUUAUCUUUCUGCGAGAUACUUGAUCCUCAGCCCCAGCAGAAUAUAUAUAAAUAUAACUAUAUAUGUCUAUAGAUAUAGAUAGAUAUCGAUAUACACAUAUAUCGAUAUCUAUCUAUCUAUAUAUAUCUAUAUAUAUCUAUAUAUAUCUAUAUAUAUAUAUAUUCCCAGCUGGUUGGAUCCAACUGCUUGAACAGUCGCAUCAUUUCCUCUUCCAGGAAUUUGUCUUGGAUUAAUUACCUGGAUUUGGUAAACAAAAGAUGGGAUGUUGUUUCAGAAAGCAGAUAUGUGCAGUUUGCAGUGGCAUCAUUAUAUUUUGUGGUAACAACUAUUGCCAUGACCAUAAAUAAAGUCUUUACCCGAU